GCCCACCACAUCAUCCUCAUUGUCUCUCUCUCUCUCCCCCUCACUUCCUCACACACAAACUCUCAGAAACAGACAAACUAACAUCAACAAAGAAGAAAAUGUCGACACUGAAUCAUCUCUUUGAUCUCCCUGAGCAGAUUUGUUAUGUACAAUGUGGUUUCUGCACUACCAUUUUACUGGUAAGUGUCCCAUGUAACAGCUUGUCCAUGGUGGUGACAGUGAGAUGUGGGCACUGCACAAGCCUUCUCUCAGUUAAUAUGAUGAAAGCUUCGUUUGUCCCACUGCACCUUCUAGCUUCCUUUGCUCAUGAUGAUGAGCCAAAAGAAGAAGCAGUUUCAGAAGAAGUGGGUGGCCAUAGGAAGACCUCAGACAGGCGCAGCCCAUCGUUGAUGAGCUCUUCCGAUAAUGGAGAAGAAGAUAUAGUCCGUGUGAAUCCCACAGUCAACAAGCCGCCAGAGAAGAGGCAAAGAGCUCCAUCAGCUUAUAAUCGCUUCAUCAACAGAGAAGAGAUCAGGAGACUGAAAACUCAAAAUCCCAACAUUCCGCACAAAGAAGCCUUCAGCACUGCUGCAAAAAAUGUAUGUUUCAGACACCCAAAAGAAUCAACAAGACAAACCCAUGCUUUCCAGCAUAUGUUUUGUAAUAUAUAUAUAUAUAUGUCUUAAUAUUUCAGUGGGCCCACUUUCCUCCCAUUCACAAGCACAACAAAGGAGAAGGAGUGAGUUGUGAGCGGGACGAGGGAGAGGCGUCAUGGAACGUAGAGGCUACUGAGGUUCACAUACAAGGCAAUGAUUUCCGUGAAAGAAAAGCCGCAAGGAAUUCCAUAUGGACCAAGUCACCAUUUGAGUGAAGUGAUGAACAAUUAAUUCUAUCCCUAAUUAAUUUUAUUAGUAUAAAAUUUCUUCCACAAACUAUUAACUCCUUUAGGGCUACUGAUACAUGAAUAUAUGUACUAUAUAAAGGUAGGUUUCAAAAUCAUAUGCCCUUUUCUGGGAGAUGCUCUUGGGAAUGAAGUCUUCACUGCAAGUCUGUACUAGAUAUGACUGUCUUCCAAAAAAAAAAACACUUUAGUUUUCUUAAGAGAAAUUCCAAGUUUACUAUUA